AUGCUGACUGAAGACAUGAAGCUCUGGCAUGGCUUAGUGAUCGCGGUGGUGUCCCUCUGCCUGCAGGCCUGCUUCCUCACAGUCAUCAGUUACCUGUUCAGCAGGCGCACAGCCCUCCAGAGUGAACAGAUACUGAAGGAAACCAGGCUCCAGGCCUCUGGACCCAGCCCUGCCCACCAUCACCCACCUGCUACCAAGGAGAGGAAGGAAAUGCGGACAGACAGACAUACCUGUGCAUCUAAUUCCCCUUACCGGCAUGACAGUGACAUAUCCUCAGAUAGCUCAGACGGCUCCUGCAGCUCACCUCCUGCCCACCAGGCCACCAAGGAUGUGAAUUACACUCAAGUGGUCUUUUCAGCUCCUGGAGAAAUAAAAGAUGACUCUUCUCUGGACUAUGAGAACUUAAAGGAAGCCACAGAUUAUGUCAAUGUCAACCCAAAAAGCCACAUGCUCAAUGUCUGGACUUUUGUGAACCCUGCUGUCUCUGAGCCAGUGGAAUACAAUCAAGCGGUCAUGUAA